AUGGAGGUCCUCCAAACGCCCCCCGAGACAUCGACCUAUGUCACCAUCGCGGAGCACCAAUCUCGCACACCAGCCUCGUUCGUCAACGGCCCUCCGGUGCUCCACUACCACAGCCAGCGCUGCAAGGUCGUCAUUCUUGAGCGUGACCUGGUCGCCAACCCAGCCCUGAAUGCCCUACGCGGCGAGCGCGCCUCCACAAACGGUAACGCUGCGGCCGCGCCGCAGGAUACCGAGGAUGAAGAGAGCGUUGAGAUCGCUAUUGAGGGCGUGGAUACCUGGGUGACGUCUGAAAAACUCCUUCUCUUUUCGCCCUCUGCCUCAACCGGCGUCUCGAUUCCUUACCCAUCGAUCUCGCUGCAUGCGAUCCAACGUCUGCGCGUGCCUGGCGGCGAUGCCACGGAGGUGCAGGGGCUCUACAUGCAAAUUGCGAUACCAACGGCGCCGUCUGAGGAUGACGAGGAGGAGUGCAUUACGAUAACGGUAGUGCCGCCGAGCGAGGACGAAGCUGCAGGUGGCAACACGGAGACGAGCGCAGCAGUGGAGGGGACGGCGGAAGAGCGGGCGCUACAAGACCUGAGCGACGAGCCGCAGGAGGCGCCGGCACAGCUGCUGUACAACGCAAUGUCGGCAUGCUCGAAUCUGCAUCCGGAUCCCGUGGAGCCGGGUGACGAGGACGACGAGGAGGACGCGAAGUUCAUGUCGGUCGAGGACCAUGGGUAUGCGCUGUACCAGCUCGGGCAGGAGGCGAUUGGAUCGACGAAUGGAGAUCUGCCGCCGCCGGUGGAGGGCAGCUCAGGAUGGAUUACAGCAGAUAACAUGCAUGAGUAUUUUGACGAGGAGGGGAAUUGGAUUGCUGAGGGCGAGCCGCCAUCAUUUCCGGCUUUGGGCCCUGGAGCUGGGACGGUGAGGGCGCGCGAGGAGAACGAUGCCGAGGAGGAGCAGGAGGGAGAGGACGAGAUGACGAAGUGGCAGAGGACUGAUUAG